AUGGCCGACCCUUUCCCUAUUACUGAGGCACAAUUGACGGGCCUAUUCGUCGAGUCGAUACUAUUCGGAGUUCAUAUGGUCAGCCUCGGCUAUUGCUUGCAAGCGCUCAUGUCGACGAAGACACGGUGGCGAAGAUCUAGUGAAAUUAACUGGCCUAUGGUAGCCAUUUCGUGCGCUCUGUUCGCGAAUGCGGCAUUCGAUGUCUCACUGGGGUUUUACCACAACAUGAAAGCCUUCGUGUUCUACACUGGCCCUGGCGGAGCCGCUGCAAAGUUCACGGACAUCUCAAACUGGGUGAAUGUCUUGAAGUCUCUGACGGUCGUCGUUCAAACCAUGAUUGGCGACGCAAUGCUGAUAUACCGGUGCUGGGUGGUCUACCACCAAUCCUUCCUCGUCGUGUCAUGCUCGAUUGUGCUUUGGCUCGGCUGUUUAGCCACGACUAUAUGGGUUAUCUACCUCGAAGCCACCCUUCAUUCCCGUGUACUCGUGAGCGCUAGUCAACUCCAACCAGCGGGCACGUCAUUCUGGGCGCUAACUAUCGUCCUUAACAUCAUUACAACCGGACUGUUGCUAUGGAGGAUCCAUUCCGUCGAAUCUUCCAAUCGGAAAUACCGAAUCCACAGCAUUACAGACCCGGACCGUCGCCGGAGCACACUGCAGAGAGUCAUGCUAAGCAUCAUCGAGUCGGGAAUUUUGUACAGCAUUGCCUCGCUGACGACCUUUAUCACUUUCGUCAUCGGAAGCAACGCUGUAUACGUGACAACUGACGCAGAAAUCCAAAUUGUGGGCAUCGCGUUCAACCUCAUCAUCAUCCGUGCAUCAAACAUCGCGGGGUUUGGGGACGGCUCGACGAUGGUGUCAGCGCAGACAAGUGCGACACAAAGCGCCCCACUGCAGAUCAUCCACGGCUCGCAAAUGACAAGAGAUCAGAAGACGGAAGUGCACGUCUUGGUAACCCAGGACUCGAAACAGGAUUAUGAGAAUAUGAAGGAUAGUUGA